AUGGGUUCGAUGAACACCCAAGUUUUCGCCACUUUAUCGGCAUCUGCCCCUCUCGUCCUAGCUCUCCGCGGUAUAAUCGCCAUAAUUGGAGGCUUCGAGCUUAGCCACGACCAAAAGUCAUACCAAAAGUUACCUCAGCAUCACGAACUCCCAUAUCCACCUCUCGAUCUAGGAGAAUUCGAAGUUAUAAAUUUAUCGCUACAAGAGAUCUCCACAAUUCAUCUAACAUACAGUCUCUUGACCUACGCUUACGACCCCGAUGCAAUUGCGAAUCACCUUUGGGACCUACUACGACGGAAUGAAAGUACUCUACAGAUAUUGGAUGAGUUGAUAUCGUCCACAACAAGCCCGCUUUACAACCCCCAUGGACCGUUGGGGCUUGAUAUAAUCUUAACUCCUUCUCAAAACCAUAAAUGGGAGCAUAUAACAUACAUUCUUUCCAAUUGCAACGCCUUCAGAUCCUCACUCCAUUCCUUCUCAAAAUCCUAUCUUGACAAUCUCAUAAUCCCCUUCAUGACCCCACAACCCCCACCACCGUUCUCGCCAGAAACAUCAAGCAACAUCCAAUCCGCAUUUAAAUCCCUUCUUCUCGCGCGCGAUGGUCACCGCACUAUUAUCGGCGGGGUAUGGAAUUACGACCGACCAGAUGAUAUCCUUACCAACGAUAUCGAACGUCAAGAAGACGUUCAUGAAGAUUACAUAGUCCCCACACAUUUAAUCCCAUACUUUUUUGCUUCAACGAGUCGUUCAAGCAUAGGCAGUACAUCCACCGUCCCCGGUACAAUCUCAGUUGGAACAACCGGCUGGAUCUGGGGAAACCAAUACUCUGCCAACGCUAAACUAAAGUACUACAUGCAAAAGUUCUGCGGUGUAGACGUGGCAGAAGAUGUCAUGAUGGAAGAUUUGGAUGUGGUUAACAACCCUUCCAACGGGAUAAUCCUUACUCCACAGUUAUACCAUUCCUUCCGAAACCUCAAAUGGUGUAUCGAAGCUGAACCAUGGGAUUCGACUCCAAGCCCUGGUUUUCCUAGAAAUGAUGUGAGCAUAAAUAUUGACGGAGGCCAGGAUGAAGAUAGAUGUAGGUACGUCUAUCGGAUUCGAUUAUUUACCAAAGCACAAACCCCGGGAUCAAUCCAUCAUGAAGAUGGAGAUGUAUUACACUUUGGAAGCUGUGAUGUAUUCGCACAGAUUCCAGUCCCGAAACCGAGGUUGUGUAACGUACAUGCGAGUAUUGCAAAGGUAUUACGUGCUUCUGGGGCUGGAGGCGCCAUGGAGGCCAUUUUGAGAAAUGAACAGUCAUUGAAGGAGGAUGCGAGUACUGGUGCUAAUUGGGGGGACUUGGGGAGGGAUUACCUGAUGAGGAGGUUGAGUGCUAUCAGUGACGAAGGGUGGACUGAUUAG